GCCGCACUCUGGUUGGCUGAUUUGUCUGGUGACGUAGCAGAGCUUCCCGUUUUGUUACACAAGCCAACGUGCAUGUUAUCAAACACCAAAUUCUUUGUAAACACAGCAUCGGCCGAGCAGGAUUGUUACUAAGGCACAAUUAAGGUUGGUUGUUAGAGGCAUGGCUCACACAUGUAUCCACUGGUUCCGCAAGGGACUAAGACUGCAUGACAACCCAGCACUGAUGGCUGCUCUGAGGGACUGUAAGGAGAUCUACCCUGUGUUCAUCUUGGACCCUCACCUCCAUAACAGCACAUGUGUGGGCAUCAACCGCUGGAGGUUCCUCAUAGGAGCACUCGAAGACCUGGACUGUAGUCUCAAGAAACUCAACUCCAGGCUGUUCGUCGUAAGAGGCAAGCCAGACGAUGUGUUCCCCAAGCUGUUCAAAGAGUGGAAAAUCACAAAGUUGACUUAUGAGUACGACUCAGAGCCCUAUAGUCUGUCCCGGGACAAAAGGGUGACCGCACUGGCCAAAGAACAUGGAGUCGAAGUCAUCUAUAAAAUCUCCCACACUCUUUAUGAUAUAGAGAGGAUAAUUGAGGAAAACAAUGGGAAGGCUCCUCUUACAUACAACCGCAUGCAGGCAAUAGUGAAGACUCUUGGCCCCCCUAAGAGACCAAUCUCUGCUCCAACCAUGGAACACAUGAAAGAUGUGAAGACCCCUUAUUCAGAAAACCAUGAAAAGAAAUACGGGAUCCCUACACUGGAUGAGCUUGGCCAGGACAUGACAGAGCUUGGAGAGGAGCCGUUCCCAGGCGGAGAACAAGAGGCUCUGAGGAGACUAGAUGAAAAUAUGAAAAGAACGGGUUGGGUGUGUAGCUUUGAGAAGCCCCAGACCUCUCCGAACUCUCUGAGCCCCAGCACCACUGUUCUCAGCCCGUAUCUCACCCUCGGCUGUCUGUCUGCACGCACCUUCUGGUGGAGGCUGACAGAGGUCUACCAGGGGAAGAAGCACUCGGAUCCUCCAGUUUCUCUGCACGGCCAAUUACUGUGGAGAGAGUUCUUCUACACAGCUAGUGUGGGUAUCCCCAACUUUAACAAGAUGGAGGGCAACCCCGUAUGCACUCAGGUGGACUGGGAUACCAACCCCGAAUAUCUGGCUGCAUGGAGAGAGGCUCGGACUGGUUUCCCCUUCAUUGAUGCCAUCAUGACUCAGCUGAGGCAGGAGGGUUGGAUCCACCACCUGGCGAGACACGCUGUCGCUUGUUUUCUCACCAGGGGAGACCUAUGGAUCAACUGGGAAGAGGGGCAGAAGGUGUUUGAGGAGCUUUUACUGGAUGGCGACUGGGCUCUGAAUGCUGGGAACUGGCAGUGGCUCUCAGCGAGUACCUUCUUCCACCAGUUCUUCAGGGUCUACUCCCCUGUCGCUUUUGGCAAGAAGACAGACAAAAACGGAGACUACAUCAAGAAGUACCUUCCUCUUCUAAAGAAGUUCCCAGUUCAGUACAUCUAUGAGCCUUGGAAAGCUCCACGCAGCAUCCAGCAGGCAGCAGGGUGUAUUGUGGGUAAAGACUAUCCACAUCCUAUUGUGCAGCAUGAAGUGAUCAGCAAAAAGAACAUCCAGAGGAUGAAGUUAGCUUAUGCCAAGAGAUCCAAAGACCCUGCCGAGUCACCCAGCAAAAAGCAAGGUGUAAAGCGGAAAGCACCAUCUGUCAUCGACAUGCUAAAGAAGAAAAAUAAAACAGCAUAAUGUUAUGCAAAGUAAUGUAAACAGUAAAGUUAUAGUGACUGUUCAUCACAAAUAACUGUAUAUACUGGCUUUGUCCUUCUACUGCGUCAGACCUGUCUCAUAUACAGUAUGAGCAGGCAGACCAUAUCUUUUUUUAUCCUUCAUUGGUUACCAUUUUAUAUUUUAAAUACUGUUUUGAUUUCUACUUUUUAUAUAUCUAUUUCGGUGUUAAUGAGUAUAGCUGAGUGUUAGAUUAAAAGUAAACAAGAAUGUAUAUGUGUGUUUAUUACAUGGGGAAUAAAUUCAGAUUUAUUGAG